UCACACAUUCUUCUUCAUUACAACUUGUAAAGCUCGACUACUUCUACUACCGUUUUCUUAUACUCAAAACUACGUAAAGAAACAAAAUGCAAUACCAAGCAGAUGGCUGGGGUUACUAUGUGGCCAGCGGGAGGUGCAUGGGAGGAGGUGACCCACUAGAGAGGGUGGCAAGGCUGGCGUCCGAGAGCGCGGUGGUGGUGUUCAGUGUGAGCAGCUGUUGCAUGUGCCAUGCUGUGAAGAGGCUGUUUUGUGGGAUGGGAGUGAACCCGACGAUGUACGAGCUUGAUCAUGAUCCUAUGGGAAAUGACAUUGAGAGAGCCUUAAUGAGGCUGCUCGGCAACUCCACUCCUCUUCCCGUCGUCUUCAUCGGCGGAAAGCUAAUCGGUGGUAUGGACCGUGUUAUGGCUUCACAUAUUACUGGCUCUCUUGUUCCUCUACUCAAAGAGGCCGGUGCUCUAUGGCUCUGAAGAAAUUACUCAACAAAAAUCGAUCAAAAACAAUAGCAAAACAAAGAAAGAAAGAAGCAAAAAAAGAGAGUGGGGAAUUGUUUUUCAUGAUCUCCAAUUUCGUAUACGUUGGAAUUAUGUUAUUUUGUGUCACAUUUCAAUUUAUUUCCUACUCUAUAAUUAUGUCUAGCUAAUAUAGCAAAUAUUUAUAUAUUAUAUAAGAUUAAGAGCUGUUUUUCCGAGGCUUAAUUCUGGUGAUCAUCAGUAUGGGGUUGUACAA